GAAUGAACACCAUUGUUUAAAUAUACUAUUUUUGUGAUUCCCACUGCACUACACGUGUAAGGCGGCAGGCCGCGGAAACUAGAACGAAAUCUGAGGCUACGUAUGCAGUUAUCACAUGAACACGAGACAAGAAAUUCCUUUCAAUUCUACAACCAUAGAAGAAGAAGAAGAAGAUGAAGAUAUAGAAAGUGAAAGAAAACUGACGCUAUCAAUGAGUCCAACUUCAAACCUCAAACAAGACAGAAACAGCCCCUCAGAACCACCAGUUCCUCAUCCUUCCGUGGCUUUAAAAGCUUCCAAGUUGGCAAUCCCAUUAUCAUCCAUUCCCUCUUUAAAACCCCCUUCUCCCUCCCAUUCAACACAAACCAAACACAAUGGACAUUUGGUCCUGGAUAUGUGACCUCCCCAACUCGGUCGAGUGGGACCAGUCUGACUCACCGCCCAAGUUCGAACUCGCCAGUGAGGACAACUCAAAUCGCUCUAUUCACCUGAAAGCGGAGCGAACCUCAGGCUCAGACUCAGAAGCUGUGGUGACUUUCACAGUGUGCUUGCAGGGCUUUCAUCCAUUCAACGCCCAAAAGCCAUUAUGGGUCUCCGAAAAAUGCCACUUGUCUUCACAGAACCCUUUCCUUCCUCUCCUUCUCCAACUCCUCCAAGAAAUAAUAACCCACUCACCCACGGCGCAUGAUACCACCUGCCCCAGGUCCCAGCUCCAGAAAUUAAAGCCCGACCCCAUCGCAUGGAUCAUGGACUCUCACACACCCCAAUCCCUCUCCACCUUUUUCAACCUCGUCUUCACCGUACGCCUCUUCUGGCUAUGUGUCUGCGACGCCCCCACCGAAGCAGGCUCCCUCUACUUCCACUCACUCCUCGCUCCCACCCUCGAAACGGCGUCGUCCAAGCUCGCCACCGUUUUCCGAACCUUCUUCAUAACCGUUGGCGUCGACACGGAACUCUGCUUCAUGCGCAUGCUCGGUUACAUAAUAGCAAAAUGGUGCAUCAUAAGAGAAUUGGGAGAAGGAGUGGGGUUGAAAACACUAUUGCCUUCUUCGCCGCGCCGGAAUGGGAACCCUAGGUUGUCUUACGCGACGGAGGCGCACGGUCUUUGGGUUCUGAAAGGUUUCGCGCCGGUGAUGACGAUGAAAUUGGCUCGAAGCAAUAGUCAAAAAAGUCAAUUAUCCGGUAUCGAUGCCAAAGAGUCAAUACUCCGCUACACUCUAGCACACCAACAACUGGAGGCACACGUACAAUUAGAAUACACCGUUGGGUUCUGCGAUGGCUUCAUUAAGGUUCGUGCACGUGUAGACAAUAUACGCCUCCACGUGGCAAGGCUGGGUUUCAACCAAAACGACGACGUGGAUUUCGUUGAGGAGAAACACUUUCCGUCCAGGGUUCGGGUUUGGGUGGGCCCAGAGAUCGGAGCGACGUACGUGGCUGGGCUGAGCUUGGGCCGGUCCACGGAGAACAGAGAAAGCGAAGUGGGUAUUCAGAAGAUCGUGAAGGGCAACUUCGAGAAGUCGCAGGUUUCGAAGGUGAAGGCGUCGGCGAGGUCGUCGAGGAAGACGCAAAACAGGAGUUGGAGAAUGGAUCAAGACGCGGAAGGGAACGCGGUGAUAUUCGACGUCGUUUUGUAUGAUAACAUGACGGGCCACGAAGUGGGCUCGUGGAAGCCCAUGAGUCAAACGGGUGAUGAGCCGGCUCAUGGGCUCAGAGGGCGAUAUGCCCGGGCAAAUAGACCCUUUACAAAAAACGGGUCGGUGGUUUUUGCGGGUGAUGAGUAUGGAGAGGAAGUAGGGUGGAGGCUUAGCAAAGAGAUGGAAGGGAGUGUGUUGAAGUGGAGGAUAGGUGGAGAAUUUUGGGUUACUUAUUUGCCCAACCAAACCAAAGGCCCUUAUUUUGAAACUAGGUAUGUCGAGUGGUGCGAUGAAGUUGACUUGCCUCUAAUUCAUGCAAAAAUACCCUAAUAAGUGACCAUAAUCAAAUCAAACCCUUCUCACCAAAUUAAGCACCAAAAUAAGUUUUUGUAAAUACGUAUAGAUGCAAGCUUAGUGACUAGUUUACAGUACUGCUGUAGUUUAAGUGCUAUGUACAACAGCCAUUAGUGCACUCUUAAAAUAGUGCUCUGUCUAUCAUGUAAUUCGUGAUUUAAAUUAUUACAAAUUAAUAUUAUAUAUUUUAU